AUGAAUCAAAACAUUGAUACUAAUAUCAAAUGCCCAAAUUCAGAACAUGCCAAUAAUGUAAAAAUAGUAUGUUUUAAUGAAUCUUGUAAAGCAGAUAGAUUAUAAUGCAUUGAAUGUAUAUAAAAUGGAAUUCAUAUUACUCAUCCUUAAAAUUAAUAGGAUUUACCAUUUUUGUUUGAACAUAUUUCAGAUAUUGAAAAAUAAUGUGAAGACUUAAUUAUGGAUUUGAUUAAAUAAAUGGAUAUGGCUUAUGAAUAGUUCUAUUUAUUGAUUGGAGGAAUUAGAUCAAAAUAUCAAAAAUCUAAACAAUAAUUCCUUAACUUAGAUUCUAAAUAAAUGAAUUCUUUCUUUGCAGAAACUAUUAAAUUCAAAUCAUUUGAAUAAACAAACUUAAUAUUAAUCAAAUAAUCAAUAAAAGAUUUUCAAGAUUCAAUUGUAAAAUUAUUAUCUGAUUUAAAAUUAUCUGAAUUAAAUUAUAAUCAAAUAUCUAAUUAAGAUAUUGAUAAAUCAGAAGAAUUAUAUAAAAAAGGUAAUACAUCUAUUAAAUUAGGUUAUAAACUAUAUUGGGAUGAUGAUAAUUAUAAAGAGGCAAUUACAAUAUUUGAUUAAUCAUUAAUUUUUAAUCCAAAAAAUUGUAAUUCAUUAUAUUGUAAAGGUAUGAUUAUUAUUUAAUGUGUUAGCUGAGAGUUUAAAGAUGCUUGGUUAAUACAAUGAAGCAAUUGUUUGGGCAGAUAAAGCAUUGUAAGUAGAUCCAAAAGAUUCUCUUUCAUUAUUUUGUAAAGGUAUGAUUAUUAUUUAAUGUGUUAGCGGACAGUUUAAGGAUGCUUGGUUAAUACAAUGAAGCAAUUUUUUGGGCAGAUAAAGCAUUGAAAGUAGAUUCAAAAGAUUGUGAUUCAUUAUAUUGUAAAGGUAUGAUUAUUAUUUAAUGUGUUAGCUGCGAGUUUAAAGAUGCUUAAUUAAUACAAUGAAGCAAUUGUUUGGGCAGAUAAAGCAUUGUAAGUAGAUCCAAAACAUUGUCUUUCAUUAUAUUGUAAAGGUAUGAUUAUUAUUUAAUGUGUUAGCUGCGAGUUUAAAGAUGCUUGAUUAAUACAAUGAAGCAAUUGUUUGGGCAGAUAAAGCAUUGAAAGUAGAUUCAAAAGAUUGUGAUUCAUUAUAUUGUAAAGGUAUGAUUAUUAUUUAAUUUGUUAGCUGCGAGUUUAAAGAUGCUUGGUUAAUACAAUGAAGCAAUCAUUUGGGCAGAUGAAGCAUUGAAAGUUGAUCCAAAACAUUGUAGUUUAUUAUUUACCAAAAGUACUAAUUAUUUUGAUUUGAAGGUGAUUCAUUAAGAUUAUUGAAAAUGUUUAAAUAAUCGAUGGAAGUGAUUGAGUAAUCACUAAAAAUUAAUCCAAAUCACUUUGAUUCAUUGUGGGCAAAAGGUAAAAGUAUCUUUUAAAUUUAUAGGUAUAUGUUUACAAGAUUAGAAUUAAUAUUAUAAAGCUUUAAUAUUUUAUGAAAAAGCAUUAAUGAUCAAUCCAAAUCAUGAAUGGACUAGAGACAGAAAAGGUAUUAUCUAUAUAACAUAUUUAGAUGAAUGUUUAAAAGCUAUAAAUUAAAAAUGAGUAUUUAUA